UCCUCCUGCUGCUGCUCCUGCUGCUCCUGCUGCUGCUGCUCCGCGGCGCCCGGGUGAGUGGCUCGUCCCACGUCCACGACUCCCGCUGGCGUGCGGCAGCAAACCACUGCACGGGGGAGUCGGGGGGGCAGACCUCGACAUUGGGGCCUCUGUGUAUGUUACCGUAUUGUUCAACUUCUUUCGCACCGUACGUAGUCAACCGUGACCAGGCGCCAGACGUCUCCACACUCAAUGUCAGCGCCGUGUCGCCUUGAUGCUGCGCCUCCAAGUAGAGUGACACCCCCUGAGCUGAACCGCUCCUGCUGGGAUGUCUGAGGAGCUGUUCGUGCAGCAGGCCAAAGGGACGUGCGGCGACGGCGAGAUGUGGCCCGAAGUCACGGUGAAAAUCGAGAAGGAUUCCUCGGCCAAUCGUGCCAAUCGGGAGGCGCGGCGCGUGUGCGGCAUACCGUAUGCUGUGCCGCGCGGUGUGCUGCAGAAGACCACCACCAGGGCUACACGAGGCCGGACGAGGUGGAGGCCUGUCGGGGCAGCGGAGUGGUGCGGCCUGCGUGGGCGGAGGUGGAGGUGGAGCUGGAGGACACCAACGAUGGUGGCAGCCCAGCUGUGGGACGGUGCGGACACCUUGGGCGCGGUCACGAAGACGCGCGUGUGGUGGUCCGACGCGGAGACCAGGGUCCUGCUGAAGCUCAUCCAGGACAUCAACGUGGGCACCAUCCUCGACGGCAAGCGCCAGCGCAAUGCCGCCGUCUUCAAGAAGAUCCAGCGCGAGCUGUCGCUGCGCGGCGUCGAGAAGAACUGGGAGGCCGCCCGCUGGAAGUGGAAGGCCCUGAAGGCCAAGUACAUCGCGGCCAAGCGCGCGAUGGGCCGCAACGGCGCGGGCACCUGGACCAACUUCCGCUUCUACUCCGACAUGGACAAGAUCCUGGGCGGACGGCCCAACGCCCUGAGGGCGAGCGCUCACCUCCAGGGGACCGUUGGCUGCGGGGAGGUGGAGCCUCCACUCGCGAGUCGUGAGGAGCCUCCACUCGCGAGUCGUGAGCCAGCGGAGCCGGCGAGGGGCCGACUCGACCCCGGCGUGAGAGACGAAGGGAUGGGCCCGAGUCUCGCCGGUGGCCUCGGGCUCCACACGGUUCCGUGCCAGACAUCCGAGGUGGGGCAGUCGGGUGUCCUCGCGAUGGCAUCGCCGCCCCCGUACGUAGGGGAGCGGCCGCCGUCGAGGGUUCGUGCUUUCGAGGAUUCGUCCGGAGGGACGUACGUCUAG